CCGCCAUCAUAGUCGCAGCUGACCCAAGCCAGUCUCAAUUGAUUCGAUUAUCCUGGAUCCAAUUGUUCAGUCUCUGAUUCUGUAGGAGGAAGGAUGACUUUGAACAGGGAACUUACCCGUGAAAAGACAUUUCAUUCGAUGAGUACCAGCACGGUGUUCUUCCCAGGCGCUGUUGGGGAACAAGAUACGGUACCGCUGGGGGAAGUGGUGCAUUAGGGGAAGCUGGGGCGAGAGAGAGGAAGCUUAGCAUCACCAGGGAUGGGUUGAUGCCGCUGAGCUUCAAAUGUGGCCAGGACUCCUGACUGAUGAUUACGAGCGAUGAUCAGGCGAUUUUUACCCUUUCGUAAGAUGGAAUGAUAGAAAAGUUGGACGAUGGUCCCCACACGGAGAAAGAGAGAAAGAGAGAGAGAGAGAGAGCGGUACUGUAAGGGAAAUAACUUUUCUUUGGGAAUAUCACGCUUCUGCUGCUGUUUGCUGUGCAUACCCAGCCGAGAGUACUAGUAUACUCGAGUACUCACCCGCUGCCCUGUCUUCCCGAGCCCUCCCAUCGACUCUUUCAGCUCCCUUCUUUUGUCUUACCCCCUUAGUAUCGCCCCCUCCCCUCCCUUUCUUCUCCAUCCUCUUUGUCCCACUUUUCCUUUCACUCCUUCUCGCCCAUUUCCUUCCGCAUAGGCAACUGUCCUGUUGCACAUAAUUAACAUUUUUUUUUUUUUUACAUUCUCUCAUUUGCAAUAGUGGUGCUGGAUCUACUACCGCACUUUCCACUUCAGGUACUCGCAGCAUAUACCACUAAAUCUUACGCAAGCUCGUCAUCUCCCCAGAUUUACGCAGAGCGUUUCGGGCAAACAAUACUCGGUCCUUGCGGAAAACUUCCUCUCGACUUGCUGGAUCCUAUUUCACGGUUCGGCUGGCCCUGAACACGACAGGUAUAACCAGAAUACGAACGAUUUCUAGACCGACACCUGCGCGUUGAUCGCACCAUCGCCAAAAUUCCACCCAAACUGCGGGAAGAGGCGAUAGCCAUGAAUAACUUUCAGCGUUCGGGGACGCAGUCGGAGCGGUCUCGGUGGCCGGCUCUUGCAGCCAAGAUGAGCUCUCCAGAUGUUACCCGCAACGAGAACAAGCGGUUUACUAUGAAACAGAAGAUUGACCGGUGGAUGGUGAACGAAGGAUACCGGCGAAUUUUUGUCGCUAUCUUCGUGCUAUUACAUUUGCUUGUAUUUGGCUUUGGCUUCUUGCAUUACACGUUGAAGGACAAUCUCGUCGGUCCCAGGGCUGUUUUUGGUGUUACCCUGCCAAUAGCGAGGUCUGCAGCUCUCGUGCUUCAUGUCGAUGUCGCUCUUAUCCUGCUACCUGUGUGCCGUAACUUAAUUUCUAUGGCUCGCCAGACUGCGCUCAAUGGGAUCAUCCAAUUCGACAAAAAUAUAACUUUCCAUAAGAUGACUGCGUGGUCCAUCGUUUUCUUCUCUUGGCUACACACAAUUGCCCAUUGGAACAACUUCGCGCAGCUUGCCAUUAAAGAGAAGCUCGGUUUCGUUGGGUGGCUACGAGCUAACUUUGUUUCUGGCCCGGGUUGGACUGGGUAUAUUAUGCUGAUCUGCUUGAUGAUUAUGGCUGUUACUGCUAUGGACAAACCUCGCAGGGCAAACUUUGAGCGCUUUUGGUAUUCUCACCAUUUGUUCCUCGUUUUCUUCUUGUUCUGGUCGUUCCAUGGUGCCUUCUGUAUGAUCAAGCCGGAUCGCCCACCAUUCUGUGACGGUAUCGGCGUUUUCUGGAAGUUUUGGGUGUUUGGGGGUCUCUUGUACCUCGGUGAAAGGAUUAAGAGGGAGAUUCGUGGAAAACAUAAGACCUAUAUCAGCAAAGUUAUUGAGCAUCCGAGCAACGUGGUAGAGAUUCAGAUCAAGAAGGAACACACAAAGGCCAAGGCUGGGCAAUACAUCUUCCUUUGCUGCCCCGAGGUUUCCAUCUGGCAAUAUCACCCUUUCACACUCACCAGUGCUCCCGAGGAGGACUACAUAUCUGUUCAUGUCCGCAUGGUUGGAAACUUCACCAAGGCAUUGGGAAAGACGUUGGGAUGUGAUAUCGAUAAGAAGGGUGGCAGGGCCGAAAAGUCUAAAAGGAGAGAGUCUAGGGUUAUUGGUGUGGACAAGAAUACCAAGGAAGAUGUCGACCCUGCUAUUCGUAGAGUCUUGCCCAGGGUUUACAUUGAUGGACCAUUUGGAUCGGCGUCUGAGGAUGUUUUCAAAUACGAAGUCUCUGUGCUCGUUGGUGCUGGUAUUGGUGUCACGCCUUUCGCUUCUAUCUUGAAGAGUAUCUGGUACAGGAGUAACUAUCCUCAAAAGAAGACGAGACUCCAUAAAGUGUACUUCUUCUGGAUUUGCCGUGAUUUCGGCUCCUUCGAAUGGUUCCGGUCUUUGCUUCUGGCUAUCGAGGCCCAGGAUAUUGGUCACCUAAUCGAAAUUCACACCUACCUUACGGCCAAGAUUAAGCCUGAUGACGCCACCAAUAUUAUGAUUAACGAUGCGAACGCUGAGAAGGAUGCUAUCACAGGCCUUCGAGCGCCUACAAACUUUGGAAGACCUAACUGGGAUACUGUAUUCAAGAGCAUCCGAGCGAUCCACAAGCCCGCAGAAGUCGGAGUUUUCUUCUGUGGACCCAAACCACUUGGGUCUACAUUGCACGUAAAGUGCAAUCAGUAUUCCGAGCCAGGGUUUUCAUUUGUUUGGGGCAAGGAGAAUUUUUAAUGGAAGAAAGGGGGGUCGUGUUGUGCUAUCAACAGUUCUAGUCGCACUGGAUUUCGGUGUUUUGGUCCUUGGGGAGUGUGGGGUAGGUUUUACCCCGUAGAUGAUUGGGUUUUUCGAUUUUUCCAUUCAAUGAUAUCCUAUUACAUAUAUAUAUUGCUCCUAUUUUGCUUUGGAUGGAACGGGCCAAGGGGAGUUGAACGUUGCUCUCUUGCGUUGGAGCGGAGGGAUAGCUGUGCUUUAGGCUGCGUCUACCAAAUGGUAUUCAUAUUCCAGUAUGUUGUUUUUCUGUAUUAUAUGAUAAUACUCUUCUAAUCCUGUAA